AUGUCUCGCGUUGGUGUUAUGGUGCUAGGACCUGCAGGUGCGGGGAAAAGCACAUUCUGCAAUUCCAUUAUAUCGCAUAUGCAAACUGUAGGACGAAGAGCACAUAUUGUAAAUUUAGAUCCUGCUGCAGAGGCUACCAAGUAUGAGUUUACUAUUGACAUUAGGGAUUUAAUUUCCUUGGAUGAUGUCAUGGAAGAAAUGGAUUUGGGCCCCAAUGGUGCACUAAUAUAUUGCUUCGAAUAUCUUUUGAAUAAUUUAGACUGGCUUGACGAGGAGAUCGGAGAUUUCAACGAUGAAUAUUUGAUCUUUGACUGUCCCGGCCAAAUUGAACUAUACACGCAUAUCCCUGUCUUACCGAACAUAGUGCGCCAUUUAACCCAACAAUUAAAUUUCAACCUUUGCGCCACAUACCUUUUGGAGGCGCCAUUUGUGAUAGAUAGCUCAAAAUUCUUUAGUGGAGCACUAUCUGCUAUGUCUGCGAUGAUUCUAUUGGAGCUACCCCAUAUCAAUGUGUUGAGCAAAUUAGACUUGAUAAAGGGCGACAUCAAUAAAAAAAAACUGAAAAGAUUUUUGAAUCCCGAUGCAAUGUUAUUAAUGGAAACAGAAGGAAUGAACCAAGCAUCCAACCCUAAAUUUCUAAAAUUAAAUCAAUGUAUAGCCAAUCUCGUUGAUGAUUUCGGUAUGGUUCAGUUCUUACCUUUGGAAUCUAAUAAUCCCGACAGUAUAGCAACCAUAUUAUCGUAUGUCGAUGAUAUAACACAAUGGGCAGAAGGACAAGAGCAGAAAGAGCCCAACGACCAAAUAGAUAUCGAAGAAUAG